UCAGCACGGGAGGGCUCCGCGCGGCAGCUUCAGAAGGGGACCCGCAGGUCUGCGUCAUGCACGGCUCGCUGGGAGCGGUGUGGCAAGGCUGCAAGGCGCGGAUAAAACGCAGCGCUUUCUGAGGUGCUCCCGAGUGCUGCGCUGUUGCUUUUAAACACGAUAUAAUGACAGACUUUUUUAGGCAGAAUAAUCAUACGCCCGGACUGGUCGCGGGUUUUUUUUGGUGAAGUGUUGAGACAAGGAUUAACCAAGUCAGUCAGUCUACAGAGUGGCCACACAACUAGGCACAUUUAAUAUAACACUUACUGGGCAACCGGUUGAGAUUUUUUAAAGGAGUCCGAAGUGUGGAUAGCAGGACUAAACCAUGGGGAACGCAGUGAGUGUGGACCAACAGUCUGACAUGAGGGGACACAACAUGCCUUUAAAACUGCCCAUGCCGGACCCAGGCGAGCUGGAGGAAAGGUUUGCCAUUGUUCUGAAUUCUAUGAACUUGCCUCCGGACAAAGCCCGGCUACUGCGCCAGUAUGACAAUGAGAAGAAGUGGGAGCUGAUCUGUGAUCAGGAAAGGUUUCAGGUGAAGAACCCCCCUCACACCUACAUCUUGAAGGUGAAAAGCUACCUGGACCCAGCAGUCCCCAGAAAGAAAUUCCGCCGGAGGGUGCAGGAAUCCACCCAGGUCCUACGAGAGCUGGAAAUUUCAUUAAGGACCAAUCAUAUCGGGUGGGUACGAGAGUUCCUGAAUGAGGAAAACAAGGGCUUGGACGUGUUGGUGGAGUAUCUCUCAUUCGCACAGUACGCUGUCACAUUUGAUGGUGAAGGUGUUGAGAAUGGCACAGAUAAUACCUUGGACAAGUCUAAAUCCUGGAAUCGCUCUAUUGAAGAUCUCCGUGGGGGGAGCAAUCUUCCGUCUCCCGUUACUGGAAACGGCAUCACCAGAGCUGGGAGGCACUCCACGUUAAGAUGUAACACGAUGCCAAGCAGAAGAACAUUAAAGAACUCGAGGUUGGUGUGUAAGAAAGACGACGUCCACGUCUGCAUUAUGUGCCUACGAGCCAUCAUGAACUACCAGUACGGCUUCAACAUGGUCAUGUCCCACCCGCAUGCUGUGAAUGAAAUUGCACUAAGUCUGAACAACAAGAAUCCCAGGACUAAAGCACUGGUGCUGGAAUUACUGGCUGCUGUGUGUCUGGUGAGAGGAGGUCAUGAGAUCAUCCUCUCUGCGUUUGACCACUUUAAAGAGGUGUGUUCUGAGAAGCAGAGGUUUGAGAAGCUGAUGGAACACUUCAAGAAUGAGGACAACAACAUCGACUUCAUGGUGGCAUGCAUGCAGUUCAUCAAUAUCGUGGUUCAUUCAGUGGAGGACAUGAACUUCCGAGUGCACCUGCAGUAUGACUUCACUAAACUCUGCCUGGACGAGUACCUGGAUAAGCUGAAGCACACAGAAAGUGACAAGCUGCAGGUGCAGAUCCAGGCAUAUCUGGACAACGUGUUCGACGUGGGUGCCCUGCUGGAGGAUGCCGAGACGAAGAACGCGGCGUUGGAGCGCGUGGAGGAGCUGGAGGAGAGCAUGUCUCACAUGACAGAGCGUCUGCAAGACACGGAGAACGAGGCCAUGGCAAAGAUCGUGGAGCUGGAGAAACAUCUGAUGCAGAGGAACAAGGAGCUGGACUCGAUCCGGGAGGGUUACAAGGAUGCCAGCUCCCAGGUGCACACUCUGAAGAGGAUGGUGAAGGAGAAGGAGGACGCCAUCCAGCGCCAGAGCCACUUGGAGCAGAAGAUCCAUGAGCUGGAGAAGCAGGGAACCAUCAAGAUCCGGAAGAAUGGAGACGGCGACAUCGCCAUCCUGGCCUCUGCUGUGCCUGGCAGCGACCUGCCGGCAGGCGCUGGGGCUGGGGCUGUGUCAGGGGUGCAGAGCAACGGAGAACCCGGCAUGAUGCUUCCUCCACCUCCACUCCCACCCAUGCCUGCAGCCAGUGAGUUAUCUGGAUAUAUGUAUAAAGCAAUACCAAACGGCCCGUGCUCCCUCCCCGAGCCCCCGCCCCCUGCCCCGCCCCCUCCGCCUCCCCCUCCCCCGCCCCCUCUCCCUGGACAAGGCUCUGCAGUGGAGGUUCCUUCCCUAGUGAUCCCGCCUCCUCCUCCCAUGGCGCCGCCUCUUCCUGGCUGUGGAUCCCCUACUGUCAUUUUCAACUCAGGGAUAGCAGCCGUGAAGAUCAAGAAGCCCAUCAAAACGAAGUUCCGCAUGCCCGUGUUUAACUGGGUGGCGCUGAAGCCCAACCAGAUCAACGGCACCGUCUUCAACGAGAUCGACGACGAGAGGAUACUGGAGGAUCUGAACGUAGAUGAGUUUGAGGAGAUGUUCAAGACGAGAGCUCAGGGCCCUGCCGUGGACGUCAUAUCCAGCAAGCAGAAGGCCACCCAGAAAGGUCCAAAUAAAGUUUCCCUGCUGGAUGCCAACAGGGCCAAAAACUUGGCAAUCACCCUCCGCAAAGUGGGCAAGACCCCCGAGGAGAUCUGCAAAGCCAUCCAGGUGUUUGACUUGCGAACGCUGCCCGUGGACUUUGUGGAGUGCCUGAUGCGCUUUGUCCCGACGGAGGCGGAGGUGAAGGCCCUGCGUCAGUACGAGAAGGAGAGGAAGGCCGUGGAGAGCCUGACGGAUGAGGACCGCUUCAUGAUGCAGUUCAGUAAGAUGGAGCGCCUCACACAGAAGAUGACCAUCAUGGCCUUCACGGGGAACUUCUGUGAGAGCGUGCUGAUGCUGACGCCGCAAUUGCAUGCUGUCAUCGCAGCGUCUGUGUCCAUCAAGUCUUCACAGAAGCUCAAGAAAAUCCUGGAGAUCAUUUUGGCUCUUGGCAACUACAUGAACAGCAGUAAGCGCGGAGCAGUGUACGGCUUCAAAUUGCAGAGUUUAGAUUUGCUGUUGGACACCAAGUCCACGGACCGUAAGAUGACCCUCCUGCACUACAUCGCAAAUGUGGUGAAGGAAAAGUACCAGCAGGUUUUGCUCUUCUACAACGAGCUCCAUUAUGUGGAGAAGGCCGCAGCAGUCUCUCUGGAGAACGUGCUGCUGGACGUGAAGGAGCUUCAGAGGGGCAUGGACCUGACCAAGCGCGAGUACAGCAUGCACGGCCACAACACGCUGCUCCGAGACUUCAUCCAGCACAACGAGAGCAAGCUCAAGAAACUGCAGGACGACGCCAAGAUCGCACAGGACGCCUUCGAGGAGGUGGUGAAGUUCUUUGGGGAGAGCUCCAAAACCACGCCCCCGUCUGUGUUUUUCCCCGUCUUCGUGCGCUUCGUGAAGGCAUACCGGCAAGCGGAGGAGGAGAAUGAUCAGAGGAAACGUCAGGAGCUCCUGAUGAUGGAGAAGCUACUGGAGCAGGAGGCCAUGAUGAACCAGCAGGACCAGAAGUCUCCCUCUCAUAAGAAUAAACGGCAGCAGCAGGAGCUGAUAGCUGAGCUGAAGAAGAAACAGGUGAAGGACAGUAGACACGUGUAUGAAGGGAAGGAUGGCGCCAUCGAGGACAUCAUCACAGAUCUAAGAAACCAGCCUUACAGGCGCGCCGAUGCAGUGAGGAGGAGUGUACGGAGACGCUUCGAUGAUCAGAACUUGCGGCCAAUCAACAAUGCAGAGAUGGUCAUGUGAUGAGGGCAGAGUGGAUGUGAUUGGACAGGCUGGAGAGUGGAAGAGGCAUGGUCAACCUCUCUCAAAUGGACUGAUUAACGAUUGAAAGACUGAGGAAGUCAGUCUGAACGGUCAAACAAACGCUGAGCUACUUUUGACAAGCCGAGUGCCUGAUUUUAACAUUUGCAUGAUCAGAUAUGUUUUUAUCUUUGUCAUAUAUGGUUUUGCUUCAAGCUAUAGAAUUUGACCUAGUUUCCCCUUCAGAACUGGAAAUGGACAUUAAUCUAUUUCCAUCUGACUUCUCUGUGGAAAGAGUGACUGGGAGAAGAUCCACACCCGUCCAAACGUAGAUUCAUUACCAUCAGAGUUCAUAGUAACUUCACAUUCCAGUGCCAAUUGCCAUGUUGCUUUGACUGCAGGGUGAUUGAACACCUUUUUCCUCCCCAUCUGAACAAGGGCUACAUGUAGUGAGUUUACAUGUAUGUUGCUCUUACUGCAAAUCAAAACCCCCCUGCUGAAUGGAAAAGCUGUUUAGCAUUUAUGAUCUACACAGGACCAGAUUAAAACCAAUAUAUAUAUAAUUUUUUUAUUAUUAUUAAAAAUAGACAGAGAGGCAGUACAGAGAAGUCCAGACGGAAAUGGGUAAGAGUUAUAUAAAGGUAUCGGGUUAAUGAGUAUUUUUUAUAUAUUUAUAUAAUUUUUAAAAAAUGCUUUAACAUAUAAGCAUUGACUUAGGCGACAGUGUUAGCGGACCGAGUGUGAAGAAAAGGAAACCAACUCCCCUCAAGGCUUCUGUGAAAGUAUUAAAAGGUUUUUCUUCAGUCUCUAGGCUACCACAAACAGAGCUGUGCCCCACAGCCCUGUAGCUGAAAGCCAGCCUGCCUGCUACUGGUGUCUGAACUUAAUCCAGCGUGAGGGUACACAAUCCAGGGCAGAUAAAGAUGCAUUCCAGUGUUGUGCAUGUUAAUGGUUUUAGUCCAGCUACAGUGUAUACCAAAGAAUACCAACAGGAGAGGCACCUCAGACACUUGAUUCAGUGGGUCAUGAAAACUGUCUGUCCCCCCCCCCCAAAAAAAAGAACUGUUAACUAAUGAAGACAUGUCCGCCUCAUCACCACUAACUACACAUCUUAGAAACAUGUUUAACCACUAAAGUGAACUACACUCCAUUUGCCUCAGGUGGACACCUCACAUGAGUGUUUUGGUAUUUUCGUUGUUCUGUUUAAGAAGCCAAGCAGGUGAAACCAGUACAAAAGACCAAGAACAGAAUUUGGGGGGAGAGGGGGGGGGGAAAUUGUACAGUUAUUUUCCUACAAAAUUUGCCUUUUUAAAAAAUUUUUUACUUAACCUUAAUUAGCACAAGGUUAAUAUUGUACAUAUUGUUUAAAAUGGCAUAAAAACAGCAUUCUGUUACAUCAUUUGAAUGUUAUUUUAACUUAUAGUUUUUCCAUUAUGUAUAUUUAAUUAAACUGAACCAUGACUCUGAUGCAUCUUUAAUGCACUAUGUAGCAGAGGGCUUGUACGCUUGCCUGGUAGCAUUAAGGCAGUAGAGUACCUGAGCAUUCCACACCAUAAGUCCAUGUGCCACAUAACUAGAUAACGAAGGCAUGUCUGUAUGCUGCUCUCAUCUCUUAUUCCACUUCCAGAACUGGAUCAAACUGGCAUGUUUUUGACCUUUUUUCCUUUCUAAUCAGAAAUUGAUUUAAAAUUUAGAGCCACAGUUUCUCAAUGCCAAUGAUUAAAGAAACUAUUUACUAUGA